GUGCAUUCAUAAAUGAAGUUGGUAGAUCUCGGUAUAGAUCUAGACUCUAGAAACAUUUUGUAUGUUUUAGAAUUCAUGUGCACAAGACGGACUUCAUAAAUAUCAUCCUAAACUUCAAACACAUACUCGCGCAAAAUCUUAAAUUCAUGUUAUCAGUUGUAAACUAUUUACAUAAUAUUCCUAAUCCGCUUCAACAAACAUAGAUCUGUAUGAUAUAACAGGUGCGCCCCUUUUUAGCAUUUUAGCAUUUUAGCAUUUCCCGUCUUUGAAACACCGGCUUCACGAGCAAAAGAACAUAGAAUGCCAGAGAAGCCUGUGACGUUCCGGCAGACAUUGCAAAUGAGGAAAGAUUUUGUUGGUAAAUCCUGCAAGCUUCAUUUUGAAGUUGCUCCACUAAAGAUACUGAGAGCAUCAAGGCAGUACUUGUAUGAUGAUACUGGGCAGGAGUUCUUGGACUGUGUUAACAACACUUCUCAUGUGGGCCAUUGCCAUCCUCAUGUGGUGGGUGUAGGCCAAGAACAGAUGUCCAAACUCGCCUCAAGCUAUGGUUUUCUCAAUGAACAAACAGCUCUAUAUGCCAAGCGACUAGUCAGUACGCUGCCUGAGUCUCUGUGCGUCUGUUUUUUUGUCUCUUCGGGGUCGGAGGGUAAUGACCUAGCGCUAAGAUUGGCAGCUUCCUACACAAAAAGACCAGAUGUCAUCUGCCUUGAUGGAGCAUAUCAUGGCAACCUCGGCUCUCUGGUGGAGAUCAGCCCUGUGCGGUACAAAAAACUGGGUCAAGGACACCAGAAAAAAGACUGGGUGCAUAUUGCUCCAACACCAAAUGUAUUUAGAGGAAAAUUCGGCUCAAAUGCUGCAAAUCCAGGUGUGCUAUAUGCUAAUGAGGUCAGAAAAGUCAUUCAGAAAGCUGAGCAGCAGGGUCGAGAUAUUGGUGCAUUUAUUUCUGAGCCAGUGAUAUCUGCUAGUGGAAUGGUUGUCCCUCCAGAAAAUUACUUUCAAAACGUAUACAGGUAUGUAAGGGAAUGUGGAGGGAUCUGUAUAUCUGAUGAAGUCCAGUGUGGUCUAGGACGAAUUGGAGAGCAUUUCUGGGGAUUUCAAAUGCACAAUGUGGUACCAGACAUUGUGACUAUAGGAAAGCCUAUUGGAAAUGGUUAUCCUCUCGCUGCUGUCAUCACCACAAAAGAAAUUGCAGACAGUCUUGGAGACUUUUCCAGCACGUUUGGAGGUAACCCUGUUGCAUGUGCCAUUGGCCGGGCAGUGUUGGAUGUCAUAGAGAAUGAGAAACUCACUUCCAGUGCCAAGAAUGUGGGCAAGUGUUUGAAGGAUGGUUUCAAGGCCAUACAGCCCAAACAUCCCAUGAUCGGGGAUGUCAGGGGUGUUGGAAUGAUGAUUGGAAUUGAGCUGGUCAUGGACAAAGAGAGCAAGAAACCAGCAAAGGAAACAGCAGAGAUUUUGGCCUAUAAGUUGAAAGAAAAAAAGAUUAUCAUUGGCAUUGAAGGAGGAGAUAAGAAUGUGUUAGUGAUGCUGCCUCCACUGUGUUUUACCACCGACAACGCUAGACAUGUGGUUCAAGCCUUCUCCGAGGCCCUGGCCAAUAUUGAGUCUGAGGCUGCAAGGGUUGGACUGACUAACAGAGAGGAGAUUGUGUCUGAUCGGCCCAUGGAUGUGCCCCUGGAUGUGAUCACAGACCAGACCACCAUCAAUGUUCACAAUUACUCUGAUGAUGAGGAUGAUGCUGAGGACGAUGACCCCGUGGCAAAAAGAGCGAGAUAUGAGGAAGUGGACUGAGGAGUGGGGCGGAUGUUUGUGAUCUCGCUCGUUCCCUUUUCUGUAUCAUGCUGUGAACCUUUGUUGAAAUGGAUAUUUAUGGGGGGCAGUGUGUUCAUGUAAGACAGUAGUCUCUAGUCUCUGAUGGCUCAGAUCAGUUUUAUUUCAUUUGUGAAACCUUUACAAAAUGAAGGUAUGAUGGUAAUCUAAUGUAGGAGUAGAAACGAAGUUUUCAGUUUAAUGCAAAAUUGAUGCUUGUUGUUUUGCUGACUGAAGUAGACACUCUGUACCCGUCCUUGAUUACUUUUCUCUUUAUUAAGAUUUUUUUCCCUGUUUAUCAGAUAUUUGGUUCGUAGGAGGUGCGAUGCACUGUAAUCUCAGAAUGCAAAGCUUUUCUUCACUCCCAUAUGGCAUUACACUGUAGACUUGUGCUUAACAUAUGCCUAGGGGGCUCUCGUGGCCUAGAGGUUAAGGUGUUGGCCUCUCAUUCAAAAGGUCCCGGUUUCGAAUCCGAGUAGCGACCGAAAAAUUUUCUUCUCUA